UGUAACCUAAAUUGCUUCCAAAGUCUUUACAACAUGCAUUCCUUCCCUCCAUGCGGCCCCUUAAAUUUUUUGGCGGGGAAUGGCCGCCAUCCCUCUCCCCCGCCCAUCCCCUCCUCCUGCCUACCUCUCCGCCGCCCCUGAGCUAAAGCGGCGCCUCCUCCAGGGAUGCCGCUGCUUCCAAGAGCUCAAACACCUCCACGCCCGCCUCCUCCGCCUCGGCCUCAACGGCGACCAGUACCUCCUCAACCUCCUCCUCCGCUCCUCCUUCGACUCCGACCAGCCCGCCCACGCCCUCCUUCUCUUCCACCGCACCGACCACCCCAACCUCUACCUCUGGAACACCAUGGUCCGAGGCCUCGUCGCCGCCGAUCGCAUGGCCGACGCCGUCCACCUCUACACCGACAUGCGGCACGAGGGCCUGUCUCCCAACAACUUCACCUUCCCCUUCGUCCUCAAGGCCUGCGCCCGCCUCCUCGACCUCGAUACCGGGGUAAAGAUCCACGCCCACGUUUUGAAAGCCGGGUUCGACUUGGAUGUCUUCGUCAAGACCAGCUUGCUCUCUCUGUAUGCGAAAUGUGGCCGCUUGGAUGAAGCCCAGCGGCUGUUCGAUGAAAUUCCGGUGAGAAAUGUUGUGUCUUGGACCGCGAUUAUCAGCGGCUACAUGGGUGAGGGAAGAUUGGAGGAAGCGCUGGAUAUGUUUCGGAGGUCAUUGGAGAUGGAUUUGAGGCCGGAUAGUUUCACACUGGUCAGGGUCUUGACUGCCUGUUCCCAAUUGGGGGACUUGAAGGCCGGGAAGUGGAUACAUCAGUAUAUAGAGGACAAGGGGAUGGGAAUGAAUGUUUUUGUUGCUACAUCGCUUGUGGAUAUGUAUACUAAAUGUGGAAGCAUGGACAAGGCUCGAGCUGUCUUUGAUGGGAUGGUUGAGAAGGAUGUGGUGUCUUGGAGUGCGAUGAUUGGUGGAUAUUCUUCCAAUGGGCUGCCUCAAGAGGCUUUGGAACUCUUCUUCCAAAUGCAGGCUGCCAACGUGAAGCCUGAUUGCUAUACCAUGGUCGGAGUUCUUUCAGCUUGUGCUAGAUUAGGAGCUCUGGAGUUGGGCCAACAGGUCAGCCGUCUAAUGGACAUGAGUGACUUUCUCUCGAACCCUGUGUUAGGGACAGCAUUGAUCGAUAUGUAUGCCAAAUGUGGAAGUACAGCUCAUGCUUGGACUGUUUUCGAGAGAAUGAUGGAAAAGGACCUUAUAGUUUGGAAUGCAAUGAUAACAGGGCUUGCCAUGACUGGCCAUGGGAAGGUGUCGUUUGGGCUUUUUGCUCAAAUUGAGAAGAUGGGAAUCCAACCUGAUGGGAAUACUUUCAUAGGCAUUCUCUGUAGCUGUACUCACACUGGUCUAGUGGAAGAUGGAAGGAAGUAUUUUUAUAGCAUGAAUCAGUUAUAUAACUUGACUCCCAGAAUUGAGCACUAUGGCUGUAUGGUUGAUCUUCUUGGCCGUGCAGGCUUGUUGGAGGAGGCUCAUCGGUUGAUCAAGGAGAUGCCUAUGGAGGCCAAUGCAGUUGUUUGGGGGGCUCUGCUGGGUGGUUGCAGGAUACACCGUCACACCCAACUGGCCGAGCUUGUUUUGAAGCAGCUUAUUGAGCUAGAGCCUCAAAAUUCUGGGAAUUAUGUCCUGCUAUCAAAUAUAUAUGCUACAAGUGGCAGAUGGGAAGAUGCAGCAAAACUCAGGUUAGUCAUGAAUGAGAAGGGGAUCCAGAAGACACCUGGACGUAGCUGGGUCGAACUGAAAGGUGUGGUUCAUGAGUUCCAUGUGGGGGACAAAUCCCAUCCCUUCAGCAAACAAAUUUACUCAAAGCUCGAUGAGUUGGGUAAGCAACUAAAGGCACUAGGAUACAUGCCAACAACAGAAGUAGUAUUGUUUGACAUAGAAGAGGAAGAGAAGGAGCAUUCCCUUGGGCAUCAUAGCGAGAAGCUAGCCAUUGCAUUUGGUCUCAUCAGUACUAGACCGGAUGAAACAAUCCGGGUAGUGAAGAACCUUCGUGUCUGUAAUGACUGUCAUGCAGCUAUUAAACUCACUUCAAAAAUUACCAGCCGUGAAAUAAUUGUGAGGGAUAAUAACCGGUACCACUGUUUCAAAGAUGGCUUGUGUUCAUGCAAUGAUUAUUGGUGAAUCAACAGAUUAUUGUAACAUAGAGAAGUUAUUUAUUUUGUUGAAUUAAUGAAGAUUAUUGUAGUUGUAUGCAUAUCAAAUUAUUGAAGUUGGUAU